AUGGGUCCACCUGGAUGCGGAAAAACGACCGUUGCCACCCUCCUUUCGCGAUGUAGUGACUUUAAAUUAGUAAAAAUAUCACAUAUGAUUAAAGAAGAGGUCGAAUCUGGAGAUAAAUGGCGCGCAAAAACGAUUAUGAGCUUCACCCAAGGAUUUAGAAGAUUAUGUCCAAACGAAAUAGUACUCAAUUUACUAAAAGAAGUUUUUUACACAACAUGCAACGAUUCCGUCGGAUACAUCCUCGAUGGUUUUCCCAUUGAUUUGGACCAAGCUAAACAAUUUGAAUUCGAAAUCACUAAAGUAUUUAUGAUCAUUUAUCCAACUUUAUCUUUAAAUUCGUUCGUGAUGCGAUAUCGCCCUCAAAUGACCGAAGCGGAACUCGAAGAAGCUAAAGAGAAACAUAUUGAGCGCAGCAAAUUGUGUCAAAACGUGUAUAGGCAUUACGAACAAAAAACUUUAAAGUGUAACUCUUUACAUCCGAUUGAUUCUAUUUUAAACGAACUCGUUUUAGAUUUAGAUCGAUACUUUGGAUAUAAAUUUAGAUUUAUUUCUGAUACGACUAAGACAUCAAACACGCGAAAUGUUCACUAUGAAAUGCGAUGUUCAGCGUCGUCGUCUCCUCUCGCCCAAUGUAACAUUCGUGAAUAA